GGCGCCGGUACUGGGCCUUGUUGGUCGCCGCCGCCGCCUCCUCCGCCUGCGCUGCAACGGCCGCCGCCGCCGCCGCCCCGAAGCGCUCGCCAGGCAGGCAGGCAGGAGAGCGUCGCCAUGCCGGGCGCGCUGCGCGAGGAGACGGCGCAGCUGCUGGGCGACUACCUGCAGCACCGGCUGGGGGGCGCGGCGCUGCCCCCCGGCCGCACGGCCGAGACGCUGCGGCGGGUGGCCGACGAGCUGGAGAGCCGCGAGCGCCUCUUCUUCCGCAGCGCCUGCAGCGCGGCGGCCUUCCCGGAGCCGGGCGAGGCGGCCGCCUUGCUGGGCCGGGUGGCGACGCAGAUGGAAGCCGAGGGCGGCCUCAACUGGGGCCGGGUGGUGGCGCUGGUCGUGUUCGCCGGCAACCUGGCGGCGGCGCUGGCCGAGCGGGGGGCUCGCGACGAGACCGGCGCCCUGGUCGAGGCGCUGGCCGCCUACCUGGCCGAGGAGCAGCGGGACUGGCUGGAGGCGCACGGCGGCUGGGAUGGCUUCUACCACUUCUUCAACAAGCAUGGUUCAGAUGCAGCUGACCAGAGCAGUACCAUAAGCAAUGCUAUUAUGGCGGCAGCGGGAUUUGGCUUAGCCGGAUUGGCUUUUCUCUUGGUGGUGCGGUAAGAACACAUCAGUGGACUGAGACUGCAAGGAGACGGGAUGGGUGGACACGCUCCUUCCUGAAACUGCUAACGACCCAGCGAAACGUCCAUUCUAUAUUUCUACGACGGUCAGAGAUAGAAGCCUACAUAUAAAUAUAUAUUUUUAACUAGAGUUGGGGCAGAAAUUAGCUGAGCACAUCACCUUCUGGCACUACCAGUGGUUGGUGAAUGCCUCUUUGCGCUCAUCCUGAGACUGGGCACCUUCUGGAUCUUGGCGUGAGGGCCGUACCUCGUCACCAUUUGUCCUGGGAACCGUGGAGUGCUGGGUGUUAAUGCUACUUGUUCAUGGUGGACUUGUGAUGGAACCAAGUGGGAGAUGUGUUUGCCUUUCUUUGUGUGCGUGUGUGGGGUGGGGCGGGGGAGGAUGGGGAGGGAUCAUUGCCUUGUGAAAUGUGAGCCAGUAUUAACAAGAAUGAACAGCUUACUCCUCCUGUGGUGCAAUGCAAAUCAUACCGAGGCCACUCGAUAACAUAACGUUGCAAGUUCCAUGUAGCACAGAGCACUAUACCUUACAUGUUUUUGUUAUAAUGACAUAACUCUUAAGUUACACUACAAGUAGAUGUCAAGAAUGUUGAUACCAAAACAGUCAAGGCUGCAGAACCAGUUCUUAACUGAAGUUGUUUAACUAUUAAAAAAAAAAACCUUUUUAAAAUUGGUAUAUUUGGAAGUCCAUUGAAGGCUGGGAUUUCUGUGGAUUUCCUGUCAAAUCCAGAAACUCCAUAUAACUUAAUAUAUUUUUGAAGUAUUUAUCAUUGUAUAAUACUGGUAGCUGGUUAACAUCUAUUUUUGUUAAAUACCAUUUUUUUUAAAAAAAGAAAAGCUCUCCAGUUGCUUUCUUGGCUGUACCUGUCUUAUAACUUGUUUAACAGUUCUAGUUUUGGUAAUUGAUAUACUGUGUAUUGUACAAAAUAGUCUUGAGAAGUGUUUUGUGUCCUUUAGCUUGUACAGUUUUAAUUUGUGAAUAAACAUAACUGAAUAUUUUUAUUUUAAACAA